AGUAAACAUGAUUUCAGACCACAGAGGGACAAAAAUAAACAACAACAGCUGGAAAACCGAUGAGUAAUGACUGCUUUUAUGAGUGCACUAGACAGAGGGCAGUAAUCUGUAUGCACACAGCCGCAUGUAUAUAUUCACAUGCAUCGCCAUGGCAAUGGAGCCGGAAUAUGGAUUCAGACACUACGCCAUCUGAAUCGCCAGACAACAGACAACUGAAAAGAAGGCGAACGUGAUUAAAUGUGAUAACCAUUAUCAACAAGUCAUUAGCUCCUCUACGACUGAACAAGAGUCACAAACACAGACUGGGGUCAAAUGUUUAGCUGGCACUCAAUCAAGAACAGAAGCAUAUGGACCGAGAUAGAGAUCAGCACGUAGUGUACAUUUGAAUUAAAGAACCAGAAUUGCUCUCCGCGUCCCCCGCUGUCAGACUGUGGGUUAAACCAACCAAGCUACACCUCCCCUCAUGUCACGUCCCACUCUUCUCCCUCCCUUCUCCAUGCUCCCGGCGCUUCCCAGUCUGUGGUUCAAUCGUCUCUGUUUACCUCUCUGUUAAUCCCUCGCAUCUCUCUCUCUCUCCUCCACAUUCUCUUGAUCGCAGUCUCUCCUCCCCUUUCAUGCUCAGAAUCAGCGGGCUGCCACACGAGCCACACUGCCUGCUACAUGAUCUCCUGGAAAACAGAGCUUGGUGUCUUUGUAGCCGCUUGCUGCUGCUCAAGCCCUUUUAGAUUGCAAUCUAGGAGACAAGGAAAGAUGCCUUCGCAACAACCCUGACUGCUGUCAUCUCCACAUGCCCCAUCCCCUUUCCUAGUAUCUUUCCCCCGACCCUUUACCCCAGCCCCUUUCCUCUGCCCCUCUCCAAACCUCCCCUUCACCUCUCUCCCUCUUGACAAUGUUCUCAUGUGUUCACUGGCUUCAGCCUUUUCUUGUCUUGCUGUCCUCUACCUUAUUAAUUUGGGGGUACAACUGCCCAUCCAGCUGCUUGUGUCCGGACCACCAUACUGUGGACUGCACAGGUCAAGGGCUCACCCGUCUACCAGACUCUAUCCCUUUGGACGUGCGGAGACUCCUUUUGUCUAAUAACUGGAUUCCCUGGGUCCCCUCUGAUUUCCUGGUUCUCUACAGCGAUCUUGUCUACCUGGAUCUGAGGAAUAACUCCCUCACUAGGCUGGAGCCUGGGACUCUGAGCACAUCCUCCAGGUUGGUCUAUCUGGACCUGGGGAGUAACAACUUGACUGAGAUCCCCUCUGGGACUUUCGAGGAGUCCCGAAGCCUGAUCAAGCUACGACUGGGCAACAACCCCUUUUUGAGCAUGGUCAGCAAGGACGCCUUUUUGGGCCUCACCUCUUUACGAGAGCUGGAGCUGGAGAGAAAUGCCCUCUCUGGGCUGGACGUUGUGGUGUUGAGCCAGUUGCCUUCUUUGCGGGUGAUACGCUUGGAGGGGAACCCCUGGGUGUGCAACUGUAACUUUGCCAAACUCUUUCUGUGGCUGUUGGAGAAUCGUCACAAGCUCCCAAUGGGUUUAGAGGGUAUAGAGUGCUCCCUUGCAGUGGAUGGGCAGCGGGUGUCACUGAGUGUGCUUUCUGAGGACAGUUUCAGGGAAUGCCGGGGAAUGCUGACUCUCACUGAUUAUCUCAUAGUGAUUUUUUCUGGGAUUUGUAUCUCAGUGGCAGCCAUUAUUGCCAGUUUCUUUCUGGCAUCCAUGAUCCACUGUUUCCAGCGGCUGAAAGCCAAAAGGACAGAUGAAGAGGAGGGAGAGGAAUGAGGGAACUCAAAACCCCCUUCCACAGACUACUCAUAAUGCACCACACUGUGGAAGCCAAGGGAUUGGAUGAAGAGGUGAACCACCUUAUUUCCAUGACAAAAGAAUCCUAAUUUAGGCCUCUCUUUGACUAAGGUGUGGCUGCUAGAGUCGUCUUGCAUCUCACGAUUCAUAACCUUUAUCCAUGAUGCUUGAAUGAUGCAUCAUGUUUUUAUACUUGAAUACCAAUGAUGUAAUUGAGCCUUAAAAUGAAAACUGUUCCGGAAAAUGCAUUUUAUGUAACCACUGUCUCAUGCCCCUGUAUUCUAGAUAUGAAUUAAGGGAUGGUUCACCCAAAAAUGAAAAUUCUCUCAUUUACUC